UUUCUCUCUCUGUUUGUUUGGGGUUUAAAGAAUUGAUGAUGUCGCUGUUAGACCUUUUACUAGUAUACUUGCUAGCUGCAAAUUCAAGCAAUCAUGGAAAUUUGGAAGCUUUGGGUAUAAUCCAAAGUCCCUUUAUAUAAAACUAUAACAAAUUUCAUUUCUCUCUCCAAACUCCCAAUGGCCGGCAAGAACCAAAACAAGCCUCCAUUUGGAACCGUUUCUCGUCCUUCAACCCCUUCCAUCAUCAAAGGUUCACUGGAUGAUGUUUCGAUUGAUACACGUAGAAGAACCAUGAUUCCCAAAAUGGGAAGUGUUAUGAAAGCUCGUCCGGCGCUCUCCAUUGUCAACGGCGGUGGUCGUGAUCUCGCUCCGGCCACUGGACCAGCAACCAGUUCUGGCUCCGAUGGAAAUAGUAGCAUCGAGUUUACUAUGGAAAAAGUGGAUGAAUUGUUAAAUGAGAAGAAUAAAUCAAAGAACAGAUUCAAUUACAAGGAGAAAUGCGAUGAAAUGCAGACAUAUAUAAAAAGACUGAAGCUUUGUAUCAGAUGGUUCCAAGAACUUGAAGAGAAUCGCGCUGUUGAGCAACAGAAUCUGAGAGCUUCAUUAGAAAUGGCCGAGAAUCGAAGCGAUUACAUCGAGAUGGAGAUGAAUGCAAAUGAAGAGAAGAUGAAUUUGAUCAUUCUGGACUUAACCAACAAUUAUACAUCACUCCAAGAAAGAUUUACACUAGAAGAAUCAGAUAAAUUGGCUCUAAUGGAAGCUCUUGCAAAAGAGAAAGAAACCAGAAUUGCUGCAGAGAAACUGCAAAUCUCCCUAUCAGAAGAUCUUCAGAAUUGUCGAAGGGAGGCUUCCAGCGCCACUCAGACUAUAUUAUCCAUCAACGAUAUGAACAAACAGUUGCAAGAAUACACCACAAGCUUGCAGCAGUACAACUGCAAGCUGCAGUCAGACAUUGCUGUAAAGGACGAAAACUUUAAUCGUUCUGAGAAAGAAAGAGCUGUUGUUGUGGAGUGUCUCGGUACUUUAAGGGUCAACCAUGCUUCAUUGCAGGAUCAGUUUGCUUCACUCAAAGCAAGUAAUGAUGAUACAAUGAAGCAGAAAGAAGCUUUAGAUAAUGAAGUAGGAUGCAUUAGAAAUGAAUUACAGCGAGUUAGAGAUGAACGAGACCUUCAAGUUCUAGAGAUAAAGUCUUUAAGGACAGAGGUGGUUAAAUAUAAACAAGAUACUGCAGAUUUGGACCGGCUAACUCUGAAAUCAGAAGAAUUGGAGACCACAUGUGCGUCUCAGAGCGAGCAGAUAGGAAUAUUGCAAGGGCAGCUGGUUCAAGCCGAGAACAAAUUGCAGAUGGCUGAUUUAUCUGCAAACAGAAAAAUGACCGAAUAUGAGGAUCAGGAAAAGGUUAUUCACGACUUACAAUGUCGUCUAACAGAUGCAGAGUUGAAAUUGGAGGUGGGAGAGAAACUACGUAAAGAUUUGCAUAAUACAAUUAUGGAGUUGAAAGGAAAUAUACGUGUUUUCUGUAGGGUGAGACCUUUACUACCUGAGGAAGGUAAUUUUGAGGAAGCUAAGGUUAUUUCUUAUCCUGUAGCAGCUGAAUCUCUUGGUAGAGGCAUUCAUGUAACACAUAACGGUAAAAAAGAUUCAUUCACGUUCGAUAGAGUAUUCACACCUGAGGGCUCUCAAGAAGAUGUUUUUGUUGAGAUCGAGCAGCUUGUGCAAAGUGCCCUCGACGGUUAUAGGGUUUGCAUUUUUGCUUAUGGGCAAACGGGCUCUGGUAAAACCUACACAAUGAUGGGUAGACUUGGGAAACCGGACCAGAAGGGGAUGAUACCGCGGUCGUUGGAACAGAUAUUCAAGAAAUGUCAAGAAGCGCAAGAUUGGAGAUAUGAGAUGAAGGUUUAUGUAUUGGAGAUAUAUAACGAGACAAUUCGCGAUUUACUGUCAUCGUCAUGCCCAGAUAUGGGAAGAAUAACUGAAAAUGGGAAGCAGCAAUACACAAUUAAACAUGACCAAAACGGAAACACAUGGGUGCCUAGUUUGACAGUUAAACAUGUUGAGAGUAUUGAGCAGGUUUAUGAACUUCUCAAUCAGGCUGAGAAAAACAGAUCAGUAGGCAAGACACAAAUGAACGAGGAGUCUUCUCGAAGUCAUUUUGUAUUCACACUCCACAUAUCUGGAAUUAAUGUGAGAACGGGACAACAAGUGGAAGGAAUCCUUAAUCUAAUAGAUCUUGCUGGUAGUGAACGGCUCUCCAAGAGUGGAUCAACCGGAGACAGACUCAAAGAAACACAGGCUAUUAACACGAGUUUAUCAGCACUAACAGAUGUAAUAUAUGCACUGGCUAACAAACAAGAACAUGUACCGUUUAGGAACUCCAAGCUUACUUAUCUUCUCAAGCCUUGCUUGGAAGGAGAUUCAAAGGUGCUAAUGUUUGUCAAUAUCUCACCUGAUCCAUCCUCUGCCAGCGAAUCGCUUAACUCAGUUAAGUUUGCUGCCAGAGUUAACGCCUGUGAGAUCGGAACCCCUCGUCGCCAACCCACUUUCCGAUCUGCAAGUUGUCGCUUGAGCUACGGUUGAGAUUCCCAAGUUUUCAAGGGAAGAGAUCAUUUUUCAGAAAUCUUGAAAUUUGUAUAGACUAUUGAAGGAUUUAUCUUAUUCUUCUUCUAGUUAAAUCUUUAACAUUUCUCAGAUUUCUAUAUUCUCAGUGGAGAAUGGGAUUGUAUUAUAAUACAGAAUAGGAAAGUAAAAUGAGAUUCUUCUGUU